CAAUUCUCCGCUCUUCUCACAAAAUAACAAACACAACACACAUCUACUUUUUUUUAGAUUGUUCAUAUAAUUACAAAACAUUGUACACUUAAUUUCGACGCAGUUGAAGAAAAGAGUGCAUUUCCUUCUUGUCGCCAGAUACUAGGAAAAGACAAGAAGGGAAUAACAGCAUGCCCAUGGCUGGUGCCACCACACCCAACACCAACGCCGGAACCAAUGCUGCGACCGGCGGCAGCGGCGCGACGCCCGUAACGGCGCCCGUCUUGUCGAAAACGUGGGAGCUGAGUGACUACGAGUUGCAUAGAACCCCACAGGAAGCCAUCACUGAUGGGAGCGAGAUUGCCGUUUCGCCACGCGCUUUACACUCGGAACUUAUGUGUCCAAUUUGCUUGGACAUGUUGCAUGAGACGAUGACGACAAAAGAGUGUUUACACCGUUUCUGCGCCGAGUGUAUCAUAACUGCGUUACGUUCUGGGAACAAAGAGUGUCCAACUUGUCGCAAGAAACUCGUAUCCAAACGAUCUCUCAGACGGGACCCAAAUUUCGACAUGUUAAUCUCCAAAAUAUAUCCGUCACGAGAGGAAUACGAAGCCCAGCAACAAAAGGCUAUCGCUCGGCUUGGCAAAUCUCAUAACCAACUCGCACUCGCCACAUCAAUUGAGGAAGGCAUGAAAGCACAACAGUCUCACAACCGGAAAAUAGCAAAAGCAACCAAAAACUGUGGUGGGGCUGGAAAUAAUAAUAACAACGGAGACGUUCUGCCUCCCAUAACCGACUCACCCACUGGAGGAGUGGUAGUCGGGAAUGGAGGGGUAGGAAAUUCAACGCCGUUGGACGGUCUCACUCUUCUGAAUAAUGUUAUCAUUGAACCGUCGGAUGGAGCGAGCGCGGCACAUGGGGCACCUUCUAAUUCCAAUAAUGGGAUGGGGGGUGGUUCUGGAAUUAUUCCCCCAAAAAGUGGAGCAAGUAGGACUAAUUCGAUUGGAGACAAUUCUUCAAAUACUUCCGAUGAAGUUACUGAAGUUGAGCUAGUUUUCAAACCUCAUCCAGACAUGAUUCCAUCCAGCUCUGGGGGAGGAGGCCAAGAUUUCCCACAAGUUUCCCAACUUCAGACACGAUUUAUUAAAACAUCUGCCAACGCAUCGGUUGAGCAUCUCAACAAGUAUUUAGGAAUGCGACUUGGUUUAGAAUUGGACAUUGAUACAGACAAGGACAAAAAGAGCCAUAUCGCUUGUUCGACGUGGAUCGCACCCAAUGGAAAUUUUAUCCGAAUUCCUCAUGGUCUCACGUUGGGACAAAUUUGUGACAAAUAUUGGCGAUUUAACAAACCUUUGGAAGUAUUUUAUUGUGUUAAUUAUGUAAAAAAAGAUGAAAUCUUCGAAUAGACUAAGUUUUAUAAUGUUAUUUGUAUUUGCGUUCGUUGCAUAUUAUGUUGAUUUUGUUAUAUGCGUAUAAUAGUUUUUAAUAUAGUAUUUUAUAAGUACUGGACUAUGCCGUUGCAAUGUUUUCUGUCAUUUAGAUGAAACUUGAGCAUAUAAUCUUUUAACGAAAACCUUGUAAUAUUUAUUUGUACAUGCAUUUUUCGUCCCGUAUUAAAUCUGUAAAACAAAC